GACCAGGUCCAGACCAUCCAGCAUCAGGACAUCGUACAAGGAUACGGAGGUACCGGGAGCGAUUCUUCAACGAUUAACGCGAGUUCAACGUGACACGCCACCUCGAGGGUGCUUGUACCUUCGAUUAUCGACGAUCGCCCAGGUGAAAGGUCGUCAUGAGAUUCAUCUUCAUAGUAUUAACUCUUGUGCUCGGUAUCUGCGAUGCUGCCAGACGAACGACCACCACCACCACCACGGUGUCUACCUUCGGCGGCAGACACCGUGAACACCCUCGUCAGCGUCAAGUAGAUUUAGAGAAUGUAUGGGACCUGGUGGAACUACAGAAGCUGGACAACCGUCCAAACGUCUGGAACAAAGAUCCUAAUGCAGCGGCGAACGCGACAGAAUCAGAGGAUUCAGAGGUGUUGAAUACGAGACAACUUUAUCCGGUGAUUCCUAACCCCGGAGACACGAACGAGCUACCAGGGCCUAUAUCGCCGACUAUUAAACCGAUACCAACCGCGACACCACAGCCGGGAUGUUACGCUAUGAGGGGACAAUUUCCGAGCCCCAAAGGUUGCGCUAAUUAUUUAAACUGCUGGGAUGAUGUGGUCACCGAGCAAACUUGCCCCGACAGCUUACUAUUCAACGAUAUUACUCUGGUCUGCGAUUACGAUUACAACGUGAAUUGCGGCAGCCGUCCUAUGCCUACGCCGAAACCACCUAUGCCCCCGGGAUCAAAAUUGUGCCCGGAACCGAACGGUCGUUACAGAAGUGCGACGAACUGUUCGGAGUUCUUCGUGUGCGUCUACAGAAAGCCUAUCAAAUUCGCCUGUCCUCGCGGCCUGGUCUAUAACGACGUGCUAAGCGUAUGCGAUUACCCGUACAACGUGAAUUGCAAAGGUGCAGCAACUCCUGGACCCACGGUUCCAACUCAAACGAGUCCUUCGCAACCACAGCCUCCUACUCAACCGUCUCAACCACCAUCGCAACAACCGACCUACCCACCAUCGCCGCCAUAUGUACCUUCGCAACCACAACAGCCACCUUAUGUACCUUCGCAACCUCAACCACCAUCUUUACCUCCGCAACAACCGACCUAUCCACCAUCGCCGCCAUAUGUACCUUCGCAACCACAACAGCCACCUUAUGUACCUCCGCAACCGCAACAACCACCCUAUGUACCCCAACAACCUCAACAGCCACCCUAUGUACCCCAACAACCUCAACAGCCACCCUAUGUGCCCCAACAACCUCAACAGCCAUCUUAUGGUCCCCAACAACCGCAACAGCCAUCUUACGGUCCUCAGCAACCGCAACAGCCAUCUUACGGACCUCAGCAACCAUCUUAUUCCACCAAUCCCUGGCUAAGCAAAACGGAAACCGAUCCAUGGAACCAAAGACCAGUCGCUUCGCAAUUAGAAAUCGAUAGCCAAAAACAGAAAGAGGCGUUCGGUGUACAAGACUCGACAGAGGAAAUUGAAAAUCCCUGGACCCUGUUGCAAAGUAUUCCUGCUAACUUAAGUAGAGUUCCUUGUAAUAACGGAGACAUACACAGACUGAACAAUGCCUGUACGAACAUAGUGGUCUGUAGAAACGGUCGGCCACAAUUGGUACAGUGUGUGACGGGAUUAACGUACGACAGGCCAUCGGACUCUUGUAAACCCUUCUCUAUUGCCAAAUGCUAAUCGACGAGUCAUCUAGUACUUACGCUUUGUAUUAAAUUCGCUGAUUACUUAUACUUAAAUAAAGCAACGACUUUUCUAACAA